GUGACUAGCUAGUAUAAGUAAGGAUUUGGCGGGUACCAAACCCUAGCAGCUAAUUAAUUUCUUCUCGCCCGCAUAACUCCCAGAACAUGGAUCGGAGGUAUUGUUCGUUGCAGUCUCCGCUCUUUGUGUUCACGUCGGCGACUAGCAUCCUCACGCUCCGCCUCAUCGUGAUCAGCACCGCGCUCUCGUCGGGAUCUUCCAUUCACGACCCUGCCGAUUUGGAGGACACAAGGCGGCGCGUGUACUGGCAACUGCUCGUAUGUUUCCCGGCAGCCUUGUAUUUUCUGCACAGGAGGAUCGAGCAGAGAAGAAGAUCUCCGCCGCCAACUCCGGCCGACAACCCUCGCUAUAAUAAUCAUAUCUCUCGUCGCCCGGGUUUCUCCCUGACCAUCGAGCACAGGUGUCUUUCGUGGCCGUCUCCGUUCUUUGUGUUCGCGUCGGCGACUGUAGCCCUCACGCUCCGCCUCGUCGCGAUCGGUACCGCGCUCUCGUCGGAGUCUUCCAUCCACGACCCUGCCGAUUUGGAGGCCACGAGGCGGCGCGUGUACUGGCAACUGCUUGUGUGUUUUCCGGCAGCCUUGUAUUUUCUGCGCAAGAAGAUCAAGCAGAGAAUCGACCCUCGCUAUACCGGUUUAGCUCAUUAUGUCUGGUAAUUGAUAUUUGUGGUUUAUGAAUGGAUGCGUAUAUAUAUGGUUGUAUUUUACAUAGCGUUUAAUUAAUAUAUGUAUGCGCGUUGACAUAUAUGAGAUGUAUUACCACCACGGUUCUUACAUUUUAAUUAAAUUUAUUUUAUGAUUUUAGUACAAAGAAUUAAAGACUGAGAUUAUCCAUUAAUGGUUAGGGAUAUAGUAUUAUGUCGUAAAGUUUGGUUAAUUCAUGAUCUAGUAUAGCAAAACUUACUAGGUGUACGAUUCGGUUAGCAUAUGCUACCAGGACUCAUAUUCUAUAGAUAGAAUAGUAAGAACAGGUAUGUAUUUUGCAAUUGCAUGUGGGGAUAAUUUCUUGAUAUCGACCUACUUUGAACCCUAGGAAAAAAAUAAAUAUUAGAUUAAACA